AUGACAAAGAGAAGGUUUGGGCUGCCUGCAGGCAGCAACCUUGCUGUGAAGCUCUUUAGCAUUUUAGGCCGAGACGAAGUACAAGGCCACAUGCCCAGUUUAGUUUCAUUCCAAAUACCAAUUCCCAUUUGGCAUUUGCACGACUUCAGCGACAUCAGGUGGGAACGAUUUGGCAGCAAGGAUCGAUGGAAGGAAAAGAAAGGUUGGAGGAUAGAUUGUUCGGUGAUUAGAGGUCAAACGCAGAAGCUAUCUCAGUUUAUGAAUACGAUCCCCACCAUCGCUGCUCUAUCAAAGGUCCUCACGCCUCCACCUUAUCUUCAUUUUCUUGAUUUUAAUCCUGGAAGGUACAAUCACCAUGGAUGUAAUCUUGAAUCCGAAUUGGGAAAAGGACUUCAGCGACAUCAGGUGGGAACCAUUUGGCAGCAAGGAUCGACGGAAGGAAAAGAAAGGUUGGAGGAUAGAUUGUUCGGUGAUUAG